UCAAAAACUUGUCUAGUCUAAAUCAUCAAUCUCUCUGGAUCAAAAAAUGAGCAAGAACAAAAACAUGGCUUCCUCACUGUCACCACAUGAAUUGGGAAACCCUCAAUUUCCAAAGAAUGCCCAGUCCAGAGUUGAAGCAAGUAGUAGCAAUAUUGAAAUGAAGGAGCUGUUGCAGGAAAACUGUGAAUACCACCACGAAACAACACAUAACGAGAGCGGCAGCUGGGAUCUUAAUAAGUACAUGUCACUGUACAAAGCAGCUCAGAAAGGUGAUUGGCUAUCCGCUAAGAAGUUGUUCCAGGAUGAUCCAAAUGCAGUGACCGCAAAGAUAACAAACUUCUCAGAGAUGGCAAUACAUGUUGCUGCAACUGCUGGACAUUCGGAGUUCGUGGAGGAGCUUCUGAAAAUCAUGCCACUAGAAGCACUGGAGUUUAAGGAGACCAAGGAUGGCAAAACACUCCUUCAUCUUGCUGCAAUUUCUGGAAUUACCGAAGCUGGCAAGGGCAUAGUGAAGGUGAACCCUCGACUGGCGCAUAGGUGCAACAAUUCCGGAUGGGUCCCACUUCUGAGUGCUGCAACCCAUGUUUCAUCAUCAUCAAGCGAGCGUCAAAAGAAGAUGGUGGAUUAUCUAUACAGUGUCACGAGAGACGAAAACCCCAGUCCCUUUAACGGUUAUUUGGGUGCUACACUAGUCUGCACUCUAAUCAAGGCUGGUUUCUAUGACAUUGCUUUGUCUCUGGUCGAUCAAUAUCCAGAUCUAGCUAUAGCAACCGACAAGAAAGGCGUUUCUGCGUUAGAAGUGCUUUCCCAGCAGCCUACUGCAUUCCUGAGUGGAACUCAUGUGCCAUAUUUUUCCCGCUUGAUGUACAAAUAUAUUCAAGUUGAGUCGCCUUCUACAUGUCAAAAACGCCAGUAUGUUAUCAAAGGAGAUGCUGAAGAUCCUCCUGAGAUUCCAGGGAACCACUCCAUCAGUAAGGGAGUCAUAGCCAAGUUCCUCAAAGCGUCCAUCAUGACUCGAGUUUCCAUUUCAGUGCUGCCUGAAGAAAUAUUACGAGGAUACUACAACCUUUUGAAGACUAAGCAGGCGUUGGCUUUGGUUAAGGGCAUACUUGCACGGAUUUCUCAGAUGCCGAAUUCAGACAUUUCAGAUUAUUUUGCAAAAUUUGACAUCAUAAGAAAAUUCUCAAAAUCAGGAAUAUCAGAGUUUAUAAUGGAAUGCCUUCAAACAUUUCCUUUUCAAACAAACAAACAAGAGAUACUGAAAAUUGCAGUUGAACAAAGAAAUGGUGAUAUCUUCAGACUCGUAUAUGAUAUGAAUGUUGAUCAGAAGUUAUUAUCCUUUCAAGACGAAUCAGGUAGUACCAUCCUGCAUUUGGCCGCCAAAAUAGCACCACUUUCGCAUCUCAAAAGGUUUGGUGGUGAGGUUUUUCAGAUGCAAGAAGAGUUGCGUUGGUUUAAGGUGGUAGCAAAUAUUGUGCCUGAAAUUCAUAAGUCUAGGAGAAACGACAAGAAUAAGACGGCUCAUGAAGUAUUCAGGGAGGAGCACAAGGAUUUGAUGCAAAAAGCAGAAAAUUGGGCAAAAGGAACCGCUGAAUCAUCCAUGUUGGUAGCAUCCUUGGUUGCUACAGUAGUAUUUGCUGCAGCUAUUACAGUACCAGGUGGAAAUAUAAACGAUGGUGAUGAUAAAAAUAACGGUACUCCAAUUUUUAUACUCGAGAAAGCAUUCAUGGUUUUUGUGGUGGCAGAUGCUUUAGCGUUCUUCUCCUCAAUUACUUCAGCUAUGAUGUUUAUAACCGUCCUUACUAGUAGCUACACAGAAAUUGAUUUCCUAAUGUCAUUACCGCAUAAGAUUAUCGUAAAUCUUAUGGCACUCAGCUUCUCCAUAGGCGCCAUGAUGGUAACCUUUAGUGCUGUGCUUUACAUAAUACUUGUAAACAGGUUUCCAACGGCUGCUAUUCCCAUAUCAUUAAUGGCUUCAAUGCCAAUUAUCUUGUUUGCUUUAUUGGUACUGCCAUUACUUCUGGAAAUGGUUCACCAGACAUACGGGACACGAGACGCUACAGCCAACUAGAGGAAAAUAAAUCCAGUUUAUAACCAGAAAAUACAUUGGCUCUUUUUCUAAGAAUCCUCAACCACCUAAAUCUGCCUAUCCAUGCCUGUUUGUUGAACAUCGUGCCUGUAGGCUGUAGGCAUACAUAAGUUUCCUGUCCCUGCUUUGAAAUUGCUUCAACCUUCAAA